AUGACAGCGGUGUUUCUCGCAUUAUUUGUUUUAUUGUCGAACUCUCUCAGCUCAGUGGCUUCUGCUUUUCAGUUCAAGACUGUUUAUUGCACCAUAUCUAACAACUGCGAGUGCGACUUCCACCCGGACCUUCAAGGGCUGGAGUUGGAGCUGUACCGCAAUGUGUACGGGCAGCACCUCGCUCAGGAGGCUGUGUCGGAGGCGCUGGCUGAGUUCAUCAACGAUGCGAGCCCGGAGAAGCCGCUGGUGCUGUCCUUCCAUGGCUCCUCUGGCACGGGGAAGACCCUGGUGAGCUGGCUGCUGGGGAGGUACCUGUACGGCUCAGCCAAGACCAGCCCUCACGUGCACCAGUUCAUACCCACCCUGCACUUCCCUUACCCACACAGGGUGCCGCAAUACAAGUAUCUGGUCAUUCCUCACUUGUGCUGCUUGUAUGUCUCUGCUCUGCAGAAGGAGCUGAAGGCCUGGGUGGAGGGGAACCUCACAGCUUGUGCCCGCUCCGUGUUUGUAUUCGAUGAGAUGGAUAAGAUGCCCCCUGGUCUCAUUGACGUCCUCGUCCCAUUCCUGGGGUCGUCCCACGUGGUCUACCAGACCAACUACCGGAAGGCUAUCUACGUCUUCAUCAGCACUGCCGAUGAGGAGCAGAUAAACCGAUUGGCUCUGGAGGCGAGGCAGGCCGGCCGCGACCGGGAGGAAAUCCUAUUGGAUGAGAUGGAGGAGGCACAGGCAGUGUUCAACAAGAGCUGCAACGGGUUAUAUCACUCGGAGAUUAUCCAAGAGAAGCUGGUCGACAGCUUCGUGCCCUUCCUGCCCCUGACUCGCUGUCACGUGGAGCGCUGCAUACGCCGGGAGCUGUGCCUGCGUGGGCAGUGCCACCGUCGUGACAUCAUCGAGGCAAUCACGGGGGCCAUGACCUUCUCCCCCGAGAGAGAGCGGCUCUUCUCACACAGCGGCUGCAAGACUGUACCCGCCAAGGUUAACUACUAACUCUGAGAGUCUGCAACAGCAACAAGAACCGUGGAAGAACCUGAGCCUUGUCUGUCCACUGGGCAUGCAAUCUGGGGUGAAUUCAGUGCCUUUGAAUGGUGGUCUCCAAAUGGAGGAUAGAACACAGGGGUAGUUUCAGCGCACCAGCUUGCAUCUCAGUUUAGUCCCCCCAGAAUAGGGUCAGGGAAUUGUGUUAUUGGUGUAUAACAGCCUGAAACUUCACAUGUAAAAUGUGUGGAAAUUUGAAAGACCGUACUCCAGUCACAGAGUUUGGGGUCAAGGUUUGCCUCCUCAUGUCAGCUGUGGUCUCCAGCAAAGCACAAUUCUGCAAUUUGUUAUGCUUUUAUGACCCCAUGAUAUACAUUCUUAUC